AGUGUGUCCUGUUUCACAGCAGUCUGCCAAGAGUGAAUGCCUACAGCUGUACUUCCAGUGGGCAGUGACAUAGCACAAGACACUUCCACACUUCAUCACUACUUAUGGAGCUGAAGAUUGGACAAGCACGUUCUCUGCUUCGCUGCAUUCAUGGCGGAUCGUCCCCUGGCCUCCCCUGUAUGUGAGAGACGGGGCCGGCGCCUCGAGCGGAGCCGGACCGUGGGAGGGUUGAGCCGGGAGCCGCCGCGGGAGGAAAGGAGGCUGCGGGGAGUGCUUCCUUCCUACUGCCCGCACUGCCUGGUGCGGCAGCCCCAGCAUGGAAGCCAUCGCCAAAUACGACUUCAAAGCUACGGCAGAUGACGAGCUAAGCUUCAAACGGGGGGAUAUACUUAAGGUUUUGAAUGAAGAAUGUGAUCAGAAUUGGUACAAGGCAGAACUCAAUGGAAAAGAUGGCUUCAUUCCCAAGAACUAUAUAGAAAUGAAGCCACAUCCGUGGUUUUUUGGAAAAAUUCCCCGGGCAAAGGCUGAAGAGAUGCUAGGCAAACAGAGACAUGAUGGUGCCUUCCUUAUCAGGGAGAGUGAGAGUGCUCCUGGGGACUUCUCUCUCUCGGUCAAGUUUGGAAAUGAUGUGCAGCACUUCAAGGUGCUUAGAGAUGGGGCUGGCAAGUAUUUCCUCUGGGUGGUGAAGUUCAAUUCUUUGAAUGAGCUGGUAGAUUAUCACAGAUCCACGUCUGUCUCCAGGAACCAGCAAAUAUUUCUACGGGAUAUUGAACAGGUGCCACAGGAGGAAGGAGAGUUGGGUUUCCGCCGUGGAGACUUUAUCCAAGUCCUUGACAAUUCUGACCCCAACUGGUGGAAGGGAGCCUGCCACGGACAGACGGGCAUGUUUCCACGCAACUAUGUGACCCCAGUGAACCGGAACAUCUAGAGAUAAAUAUUACAGAUUAUUUAAAGAAACAAGAGAAACAGUAAUUACAUACAGAGCCUAACUGCAGCCAGUGACCUAAAAUCACACGGCAAUAAAACCUGAGUCACCUUUCACCGUGAGGUGAUCCUCCUUCACAGUGUGGAACUUCAGGGGCUGAAGGGGUUGGGGGGAGGGAAGAGUUCAACUUACACACCAAAACUUAUCAAAAAAGAAGAAGAAAAAAAAAAAAAAAAAAAAAAGAAUUUCCUCAGCUGCUCCUGGGUUACUCCCUUUCAUUUACUUAAUGUUUCCCCUUGUCCUCUGUCCAGGCAUGAAGUUUUAAUGCCAUUUAAAAUUGUAGCCAUGCAGUUAAAGGAAAAGGGAGAAACUCUGCUGGUAUUUUCUCUCUGCAAAUGGUUUAUUUGUCAUGAAGGGACAUGAGAGGAAAACCAAAUACACAGUCCUGCCUUUAAAAAAAAAAAAUAAUAAUAAUUUAAAAAGUCUCUGCUCUUGCCUUCAGCAUUCAGCUGCUCUUGCCUGAGAAAGAUGAGGUAUUGCUCUAAUUUUUGUCUCUUCUCCUUUGUCACUUUCUUCUGAAGCUCAGCAGCUUCCAAGCUGAGGAAGGGAGAAGAGUUGUGGAUUUCUUUUUUUGUUUGAGUCACAGAGUUGCUUUCAGAAACUCCAAACUACAACCGAAGUUUGUUAUUGCUGUGCUGAUAGUCUUUUUGUUUCUUUUCUUAACUGUGUACGGUUGAGCACAUUCUGUAAUUUUUUCCAUAGUGCCUUUCCCUUGUUUUUUUUUAUUAUUUUUUAAGUUAAAAGGACAGUCCAGAGCUUUUCAGAGGGCCUUUUUUUCUGCCUAUGUGUAAAUAAAUACUUCUGGAUGGAAGGUGUAAAGGAAGGGUGGCUUUGUCAAUGGAUACCUGAAAAAAAUCUACAGAGAUGGAGCUUUGUUCUAAAGAUUUGACUUGUUCUUUGACUUUCCUUGUUACAGGGGAAAAAAAAAAAAAGGCAUUCCUUGGCAGCUUGGGCUGCUCAAACAUGGGAAGCUGAAACCAGAAGCCUCAAAAGAUUUAAGAGAAAGGGGAAAGAUAUGACCAGGGAAAAUGAGGAAGAAUAUUUGGGGGAGGGAAGGUUAAGUGGGGAAUUUGAGAAAGAGUAGCCCUGAGAUGUCCUACAAAAUGUACAUUCCGUUGAUGGAAAAUUAUAAUGCAGAAAAACCUCAAGAAACAGUGCUUGAAAACAUUUUAUGCUGUUAGUGAAUGUUUCUAUGUGAUGCAUGUAAUCAACCUGUCUCUUUUGCCUGGAUAAGGGAGUUAUUUGCAGUUGUGUUGCUCUUGAAAAGUGGGGUUGGCAUCACUGUUCUCCAGUUUCUCCUCCCUCUUCAGGUCAGUGUUACUGUUAGACUCCCCAUUCACAGCAGGCUGUGUGAUGACUAUAAUUCCCACCUUUUCCAAUAAUGGCCUUCAUUGUGGCCAUUUGCUCUUUCACCAGAGCAGUGUGACAUUGAAUUGGAUAGAAAGAAAUCAAACUGCAUUACUCCCUGUGCCAAUCUUCAGUUGUGUUAUUUUUCCUUUUGAGAGCUACUUGGCUGGAUCCCUUCACUCCAACAACGAAUCCAGAAACUGCAGUGGAGAGCUUCUCCUGUCCUGCCUAAGUACAGGCAGUCGUUUGUUGGAGGGUGCCUUUUUUGUACUAAAUGUUAUGUUUUAUUUCUGAGACAAACUCUGCCUUACACUUUAAUUUUCCAGCAGAUUAAAGAGAGAGCUAUCCUGUAGAGCAUUACUUUCUCCCCCUCUCUUUGCUAGCUGUCACUCACUUCCUUCUUCAUAAAGUGAUUGGAAGAAGAAUCUAUGGCAUUCUAUACCUGGACCAUUUGAUUGUUUCCUUAUUUUGGAAUUGGUGUAUAUCAUGCAACCUUGCAGACAUAUGUCUUGUGUGUGUAUAUAUAUUAAAAAAAAAAAAAUCAGUGUUUAAAUAAAAAAAGGCCUAUGUACUUAAUCCUUUAACUCUGCAGCAGCAUUUGGUAGAUAGUAAUUAACUGUGAAUAAUAAAUAUACAUUGAAUUCUU